GAAAGUGCGAAACGCUCGCGAAAGUAUGAGAAACUCGGUAAAAUCGGUGAAGGAUCGUACGGCGUCGUCUACAAAUGUCGGAACAGAGAUAAUGGAAUGCAACUAAAACAUCCGAAUCUUGUCUCGUUGCUGGAAGUCUUCAAGCGGAAUCGGAAGUUGCAUCUGGUGUUCGAGCACUGUGAUCGUACUGUACUGCAUGACUUGGAGAAAUAUCGAAGGGAGGAUUUCGCCGUGAAGAAUCCGUCACGAGUGACACCCUGUACGCUGUAU